AUGCCUCCAACAACCCCAUAUGCGGGAAAGUUCAGCACUUGCGGACUUUACAGCAGCAACAACAACAACUACCAGCAGUCACACAGCCCAUACCGCCACUGCAGCUCAGUAAAGACCACCAAGGAAAGCGUCUAUAAUGGCGCGUAUUCUUCGGCAGAGAAUCCUUACGACAUACCACAUGCUCACAGUGUAUAUUAUGGUGUACCUGUUGAGUCAGUUAGCACUAAAGAGCGUCAUUACAGCAGCAGGAGCGCUGUUUCGGACAAGCAGUACAGCACGCAGCCUCAAAGCCCGCGACAACACAGCACUACCUGUCCUGCACGAGUGCACCGCCAAACCAGCAGUGGAAGCGAGCAGUCCUGCCGAAGCAACUCCGCAGCCAAAAACCGGCUGUACGGGCACGGCGUCACUGCCAGCUAUGGAGAAAUGUGCUACCACGACAACAGUUUGGUUUCAGCAUCUCUCGAGGCACUGAUCCAACACUUAGUCCCAACCUUGGACUACUACCCCGAUAGGUCGUAUGUUUUCACCUUCCUGCUGAGCUCACGCCUCUUCCUGCACCCCUACGAGCUCAUGACGCGGGUUUGUCACCUGUGUGUGGAGCAGCAGCGAUCUGGAGACACCCUGCUGGAUAAAAUCCGUUUCCGCGAAGUGGCGCCAAAGUUGGUGCAGCUGCUGACGGAGUGGACCGAGACCUUCCCGUAUGACUUUAGGGACGAGCGGAUGAUGCGUUGCCUCAAGGACAUGACCCACCAUGUGGCCAGAGGGGAUGAAUACUCAUGGCGUGCCAUGCAACAGAUGACCCAGCGCUUGAUAAAGCGCUUGUCUGCCCUCGGCCAAUACGAGGAGGCAAUAGCUGCGUUGAGCGCUGUGGUGACCGAGCGUCCCCCAUCCCUGAAGAGCAAAAGGGAGUCGGCGCCAAGAAGUGAUGUGCUGAGCGUGUGCGAUGACCCUUUUAUCCUUGCUCAACAGCUGACACACAUUGAACUGGACAGGCUGAGUUUUAUUGGACCAGAAGAGUUUAUCCAGACCUUCGCCUUGAAGGACCCUCUGGAGAAUCACAAGGGUUUCUUCCGAAAACGCAAGACCACUAACUUGGAGGCGUACGUGAACUGGUUCAACAGACUUAGUUACCUUGUGGCCACUGAAAUCUGUAUGCCGGUGAAGAAGAAGCACAGAGCGCGGAUCAUCGAAUUCUUCAUCGAUGUAGCUCAGGAGUGUUUCAACAUUGGCAACUUUAACUCCCUAAUGGCCAUCAUCACUGGGAUGAACAUGAGUCCUGUUGCCAGACUGAAAAAGACUUGGAGUAAAGUCAACACUGACAAGUUUGAAAUUCUCGAGCAUCAGAUGGAUCCGUCCAGUAACUUUAGCAAUUAUCGCACUGCACUGCGCGGCGCCACCCAGAGGUCAGAGACUGCACACAGCGUCCAGGAGAAGAUAGUGAUUCCUUUCUUCAGCCUGCUCAUCAAAGACAUUUACUUCCUGAAUGAAGGCUGUGCCAGCAGGCUGCCUAAUGGGCACAUCAACUUUGAGAAACUUUGGGAGCUGGCAAAGCAGGUUAGCGAGUUCCUAGUGUGGCGUCAGGUGAUAUGCCCGUUCGACAGGGAUCGCAGAAUCCUGCAGUAUCUGGUCACCACGCCGAUCUUCGCCGAAGACGAGUUGCAUCUAACCUCUUAUGAGAGUGAAGGGCCCGAGAACAAUAUGGAAAAAGACAGUCGUCGAUCUCUCCGAUCCUCCCUGUUGCAUCGCGAGAAUCGAUCAUGA